AUGGCCUCCGCGCCCUCCGAAGAUGACGCUCCCUCCGUGCCCUCCCUCGUCUCCGGCCGCGCCCGCCGCGCCAACGCCGGCAACCGCAUGCGCCAGCUAAUCGAAGGCGCCCGCCAAGAGCAAGAAGUCCAAGAAGAAGACGCCGAGGCCAAAGAAGUCUUCGCCGAGCUCGCCGAAGACGAGGACUUCGGAGGCUCAGACGCCGAGGACAAAGACGACGUCUCGCUGUCCUCGUCGAGCGGAGACGAAGGGGACGCUGGGGAGGAGGACGAGGAGGCGGGCGAGAAGGCGCUGGUGAGGCAGGAGCGGGUGGAGAAGGCGGCAAAGCGGAAGGCGAGACAUGCGCCGUUCAAGCAGGGAGGAUUGGGGAUGCGGAAGCGAGUCAAGAUUGACCCGAUGGCGGCUGCGGAGACACAGACGUCCACAAUGCCCGCGCCUGCCCUGCGGCCGCGUAAGAAGUCCGAGAGGGUGUCGUACCUCCCCGCGCCGGGCGAAGCUGCGGCCGUCAGGGCCUCAUCGCGGAGGCUGGCGGUGCAGAACAAGGAGGAGACGCACAAUCGGCUGAAGGAGAAAGAGGAGCAUCGGCUAAAGACGCUCAUGGUUAUGGAAGCUGCUGCGAAGCGGAAAGAGCAAAAUGCACCGAAAGCCAUGACGCAGGCGGACCGGCUGGCCGAGGCGGCGAGGGUGGAAAAGCAGAACAGCAAGAGCUUGAAUCGGUGGGAGGCGGCGGAGAAGAAGCGGGAAGAGGAGCAGAGGGCCAAGCUGGAGGCGCUGAAGAAUCGCAAAAUGGAGGGGCCGUUCAUUCGGUUCUACAGCGGUCCUGCGGUUUGGGUGAACGGCAAGCUCAAGCAUGUUGGCAAGGGGGCCAAGAUCGAGGAGACGGACGAGUCCGCGGCGCAAGGCGUGGAGAAGGGCACAUCCGGAAGCGCUGCGGCUCCGACGGAUCCCACCGUAUCAGCUACACACGAACCGUCCAACACAACCCAACCGGCCUCUCUGCUCCCUACCGCACCCCCUUUGCCAACGCCUCCACGACCCCUCCACCCCCUCGCCUACCCCAACUCAAUAAUGUUCGCGCCGCCCCAAGGCCCCGCCGGCUUCCUCGACGGAAUCCACUACUACGCCUCCCUCCCCGACCAACUGCGCCAACAAGCCCUCCAUCCUCACCCCUACCAUCAACCCCUCUACGCGCCCCUUGCACCAUCCCACCAUCCAGUCCACGUCACUCCACCCCCGCCCCCACCGCCUCGAAAGCUCAUCGAGCGCGCGACCCGCAACCUCAUAACCCUGCACGGCUACGACGACCUCAAGCCGCGCGACAAGGACGCUUUAUGUCGUGCCUUGUUCGAGUGGCAGCGCACGAAGCUGGGGCCGAAGACCGCGCCGGCGGUGUGUGCGAUUACGGCGCGCCCGGCUAGAUAUCGGGAUCCGGGGACCGGGUUGGCGUUUGUGGAUGUCGGGGCUUACAGGUUUAUCCGGCGGCUGGUUGGCGGGAGCUGCGUGUGGAGUAAGCGGGCUGAAUGCUUCGCGGGACCGAAGGUGGGAGAGGGGUGGGGCAGGGCGGCGGGGGGUGUGCCGGGGAGGUUUCUGGUGGGAGGAGGGGGAGGUAGCUGA